AUGCUAUCCAUCACCAUGUCCACGUCAAUACAGUCCGUACGGCCGCUGGCCAGCCUCAAACAAGCCUUGCGACAAUGUCGAGCCGAACGACAACGAUGCAGAACAUACGCGACGUCGCCCAUCGCCGAGGAAAUUCCCAAGGAACGCGAGAUCUACCCUUCACUUAUGCCCAAGAACUUCCUACAGCCUCCGUCAAAGGGCUUCCGACCCUCCGUUGCCACGAAACAAAACCGCUUCGACGAUGGCCUCCGCAGAAUCCCCACCAUUCCACCUCCUCGAUCAACCCUUAAACUCUGCAAAGACCCCAUAGGCCAAAUCACCCAAGACCAACUCACAGCACUCGACCCCUCAGGCGCCCGCACACGCCUCUUCUCCAAAGGCAACGCCGAGCGCGUAGCACCAGGAGACAUCCUCCUCGUGCGACUCAAAAACGGCGACGAUUUCUCUGGAGUAUGUCUCAACAUCCGACAACGCAACAGUCCCAUCGACACAGCAGUUCUACUGCGCAACCAUUUGACGCGCGUGGGAGUGGAGAUGUGGUUUAAAGUCUACAGUCCGAACGUUGAAGGGAUAGAGAUUGUGCAGAGGAAAGAGAAGAGAGCGAGAAGGGCGAAGUUAUAUUAUAUGCGACUGCCGAAGCAUGAUAUCGGAAGUGUGGAGGGUAUUGUCAGGCAGUAUCAGAAGACGAGAUUGGGCGGGAAUUUGGCGAGUAGAGGAGCGAAGGGGAGAGAUGGGAAUAGUCAUAAGAAGAAGGGGAAUAAGAAGAGGUAG